GGCCGCGCUCUCUGUGUGUGUCACAGAGGAGAGAAAACAGCCGAGCCGUUCACCCUUUCCAAACAAUACACAGCCAGACAGAGCGACAGCAGGAAAGUCAGUCAGUCAGUCGAACCCUUCCCCCCUCCCCAUACGCACGCACACCCGCGUGACUUAGUCUGUGUUUGCGUCUAUCUGGCCUUCCUCCUUGCUGUGACACAUUCAGGUCCCCUCUGCACAGCCACACACAACAAACACGACAGAGAAUGAACAUACACAGGUGCGUCUGUCUGUGUGUGCGGCUUACCAUAAGAGGAAUGGUGCCAAGAGUGCCGCAAACAGGCCAUUGGCCGCCAGGUACAGGACAGGUGGCAGCGGGUGGGGGACGUAGAUCUCCCAGUCCCCAACCACCCUGAACCACCAGCCGUCCAGUGGGUUGUCGCUCACCGCCUCCCAACGCGACGCACGGGCAGCCUGAGGCUCACACGUCGCAGCCGCCGCCUCGCCCCCAGCCGCGGCCUCGGCCUCUCCUUCACCAUCGCUCGCCCCCGCCUUCGCCCCCUCGGCCUCUCCCCCACCCUGUCCCUCCUCCUCCUGCUGCUGCUGCUCCCGGACUGGCGGAAGCUGCGGCUGACUGGCGCGCCGGGGCGCCACGGGCGACGCCACUCCUGUGCCGUUGGUGACGCUCGGGCGGCGUGAGCCGCUGGCUGGGCUCUCGGGCAUGUCCGUCUGCCCCGACUCAAAGAGAGUCGAGGCAGACGGGCGGACAGCGGGAGGGCCUGGCUUGGCCUCCUUGGCGUCGACUCGGAGCUUGAGGGCCUCGAUGAAGGGUGCGGGGAUGGCAAAGUAGGGGGUGAUGGUGGGGUGACGGUGGUGGGUGGCUUGGGGACGGUGAAGGUCCAGGUGCGGCCGCUGUACCAGGAGCGCACCGUCCUGCAGGCGAGUCGGUACCGGGACUCGAGCACGACUUUGUCGAACACGCUGCACUUAUUCACACACACAGGUCACACCGAAUGAAUGAGCCAUCCCUCCCUCCGUUUGUUGUGUGCCCAUCAUCCCUCUCGCCUGCCGCCUUACUCGUGGUUCGACGUCGUGUAUUCGCCGUAGUGGGUGAAAGUGGGCGUCAGGAACCGCCCCUUGACGUCGCCCAGGUAGGUCCGCUCGUGGACCGUCGCCUUCGGCACAGUGCUGCACACAGACAGAGAUCCAUCCAUCCAUCCAUCCAUCAUUGCCCAGCCCAUCCAUCCAUCAUCCUUUCUCGCACCCAUCGUCCCACUUACGGCCCGUUUGCCGUGUAUGGGGCGUAGGUCGUGGUGGUGGUGGUGGGAGGCGCCCCUUCAGCUUGCCGAGGUAGGUCCGCUCCCUCGUCAACUUCUUCUGCACACUCCUGCACAUAGACAGACACAAACCAUCCAUCCAUCCAUCCACUUCCCCACCCACCGUCUCACUUACGUGCCACCUUGAUUCUUCCAAGCAGAGACAUCAGAAUAUAAAAUGGAGACAACGAUGGCCAAAAAGGUACCACUCCCUCACACACACUGCACACGUAGCACAGAGACGUCAAAGGGCAACAUCGAUCAGCCAGACAGAAAUGGAAACACGUGUGGUGUGUGAGGCCAUGUGUGGGUGGUGCUCGGUGGAAAACGGUUGACUGAAUCGACAGCCAGCCACCAGCAACACGAAGGAUCCGCCUCAGCCCCUGAAUGCACACACAAGCAACAACACAAACAUACAGAGCGGCCCUCCUCUCUCUCUGUCUGUCUGUCUGUCUCUCUCUCUCUCUGUGUGUGUGUGUGUGUGUGUGUGUGUAUCUUACGUGAGGGCAAGGUAUAUUGGGAGUCCCAGGAGGUAGACGGUGAGGCAGAGGAGGGGCACCCACCAGAGCCUUCUGUGUCGUGUAGGGGGCCUAGGUGGUGGUGGUUGACGGGGGAGGAGGUACUGGACGCGGGCCGAACAGACGAUGGCGGCCAUGUCGAUGCUGCUACUGCUACUGUACUGUCGCUGCUGCUGCGAUGGACUUGGUGGUGCCGUCCAAAUUCACCAGCGAGGCUCGGCUCAUGGUUGUCAAGCACGCUGCACUCCAGACAGAUCACUUCAUCAAUGACCCAUCCGUCCGUUUGCGUGCGCAUCAUCGCUCUUGUCCGCCGUCUUACUCGUGGUUGGCGGUGGUGUAUUUGCCGUACUGCGCCAUUCGGGGCGAGAGGACGCCCACCUUGACCUCACCGAGGUAGGUCCUCGCUUCUCGACGAGCACGUUCUCCGGGACUCUGCACACCAUCCAUCCAUGUCAUAGUCGCCUAUCCCAUCCAUGUGUCCAUCCAUCCAUCGCCCGGCUUACAGGCCGUCCUGUGUGCGAUAGAUGGAGCAGCUGCACCGCCAUGGGCACCCAAAAUGGCGGCAUGGUGGCCGUGGCCCGACAGGAUGGCUGGGAAGGGCUGCUGGUGCUGCUGCAUUCAUCCACACGCACCACACCAUCAGUGAUCCAUCCAUCCAUUUGCGUGUGUCAUCCUACUUGUGUGUCCUUAUUCGU